AUGUCAUCUUCAAGUAACUCCAAGUUCACGAUUGUUGAUUUAACAAAGGAAGUUGAAGAAACUACCAAAGAACAACAAGUCUCUACAAAUGGACGAGCAAAGAGAAACAAGAUCAACAAACGGUUUAGAAACAAUCCAGGAUUUGCUUCUAACUUUUUCUUCUUUCCUUCCAAUGUCAAUUCUACAACUGGACAAUCAUCACAUAACUUGCAGAGUCAACAAGCUUCCUCUUCAUCAACACCACAACCCCUAAAUUGUGCAGCGAAUCCGAGUACACACACCGCUGCAACCAUAGGUAAACACGAGAGUGAAAAAACAUCAUCUAGUAGAAAAGGAUUGACCAAUACCUCCCCUAAUUCAUAUCAUGUAAAUUCAUCCAUUGCACAACUGAAUACAUUCACUUCUAAAGGUGUGGCUUCAGAUAUAAAACCAAAUUUUCCAAUAGACGAAAAAGGAAAUACCAUUACUGGUGCGAGUCAUCUCCCCAGUGAAAUUCAAAACACAAUUUUGGAGGAAGCCUCAAUGCUUGACCUCUUACAAAACGAAGAUACGUGUGUAGAAAUGAGUCCCUCAGUCACUCAAACGUGUUUGAGCACUAACAACGCGGUCCUAUCAAAUUACUUGUCCUCUCCUCAGAAUUUGGGGUUUUCGAACGUACCUCAAAGCAACAUUGGACUUGCAACACCAUCAUUGACAUCCAACUCCUCCACAACUCCACCAUCUUCUCAAAAACGACAUGGUCGCAAUCCCACAGCUAAAAGAGGUUCCAUUUGUCAGGAAAUUUUGUAUGAUAAGAGAAGAUACUCGUGUAGUGAUUUGGUGUUUUCCCAAACGAAUCAAUCUUCAUUUACAAACGCUCAAAUGGCAACGAUCAAUGCACCACAAGGUGAAACACCCGUAUCAACUCAUGGAAGGCUGUCUUCACCUCAAGCAACCUGGGAAGCUAUGCAAUCUUAUGUUUUUCCUUUAACAAGGACUUAUGAAGCAAGUGAAGAAUCUUCAAACGAAAGAAUUUUGUGUGAAGACUCCCAACACUCCGCUUCAUUCAGUUUUCAGGAAGAAGAUGCCUCAAUUUGCGAAGCAUAUUUGAUGAAUCCUUCGUUGAAAAAGAGAAGACCUAGUGUUCAAGUUGAUACUGAUUCGUUGUCAUCAUUCGUGGCCAACUUCCAAAAUCAAAUGAACCUGAGUAGUGUGCACAAUUCCUCCUUAGGAUUUAACAAUGUUGUCUUGGUCAAUCAACCACAGUUGCAACCAACAAACCAGGUCUUUGAGCCCUCUUUCAACACCACCAAUUUCAUGCAACAUCAAACAGUGGCUACAAACACAACCGAAGCAACCACCAUAUUCAACAGCCUUCCUGAAACAGUUCAGCAACAAGUUGUGGAUAUUAUUGUCAAUCAUCUACUAGUGCAAAGCAACCAAGAGAGCACUAAUAAUGUAGAAAAUAACUCUCACCAACAGGAAAAUUAUAUUUCCGAACUUUGUGCUUCAAACCCCAAUGCGCCUUCAUUCCUAGACGAAAAAGAUCUUCAAUCUCUUGAUUUACCUGGUUUUGAUAUUGCAACUUCGGAGCCAAGCAGCGAUACACAACCAUCUCCUUCUCUUCUCUCUCCUUCUACAUUUUUAAAUGUUGAAUUGAAUGUAAAUAGUAAUGUGGCUGAGAUUGGACAACCAUCAUUAGCCUCCUCAACAAUAUCAUCAGAGGCAUUUGGAAAUGAUUUGAAAGGAGCCAUUGGUAGUAUUAUUCAGCCUUCUCCCUCUUCAAUAAGAGACGUUUCUAGAAAUGAAUUUUUAAUUCCAUCAUCAGAAUUUUCUUCAGCAGAGAUUACAUCCGAAUCCGCUACUUCUUCAACUCCUCAUCAACUUCAUCAGGGUGUUUCAAGAAGUAAUACUGAAGAAGUCAACAUUUCAGAAGAGGAGUUUGAAAACUUUUUAGACAUCUUGUUUCAACACGUUCCCGAAUUGUAA